AAACCAAACAAAAACCUGUGGAAAUCUCUGUUAGUUUAGAAAGAUAUAUAUAUUUAACUACGUGAAAGCAUCAAUAAAUGAGUAUUUAGUUUUUAUAAAUGAAAUUUGAUGUCGCAAAAGUUUAAGUGUUAUGUUUUGUUUUCAUAAAAUUGAUUAUUUGCGGUUAUGUAUUGCUUUUGUUGUGCUUGCAAAAAUGUGUGAAUGUGAAAACGAAUUGUGCAUCAUCUGAUGAAAUCUCUUGUUGAUUGGUAUGUAAAAAAGAAGGAACAAUAACGUGAAUGAUCGCGUUUGAAUUUCUAAUCUUAUUAAUUUGAAGAGCGUUUAGAAGUGGUCAAUUUUGUUGUUGCAAAGAAAAACUAUAGAGAGUAUAUACAUAAGAGACAGUCGAAGUGGAGGUACCUAUAAAAAUUCAAGAGCACAAGCACAACGUUCGACAUCAGCUCGGACAGGCAGUCAGCAGUCGGCAAUCGGCACGCCACCUUUUAACUUUGCAGCUUUCUAACGCUAACGCAAAAAAACCAAAGAACUAAAAACAAAAAUACUAUGAAAAUAGUCGAUGGAAACAUUCUCAGAGCAGCAGAAUUCGAUAUUGAACAAAUCCUAGCGCGCUGCUUCCGAUAGAAUCUCACUUCUCCCAGUCGCGCGCCGUCAGCGGAACCUAUAAAUGAAAAUAACAACCAUACUCCGAGCUCAGUUUCCGUGGAAUUAUUGUUACGUUCAGACGUGUGUCGUGUUACCGGUUCGGAAUGCGAUUGCGAUCAGCUUGAACGCAUCAUUGAUGAAUAAAAACAUUGCAUUGUAUAGUAUUGGAUUUGUAAAGCUAUAUCAUAAUACAAAAAGCCGGCUUUAGAGACAGCUUGAACGGGCUGAAAUAAUCGUACAUUCUAUUUCCCUGUUUCUAACGCUUACACGAUUUAUUGAGUAAAAUUUAAAAGUUCAGAACAAUACAAAAAUUGGCUCUUUAAAAUGAAAGAUAUUGCCGUGCGGAAUAUUCCAAGUGAUAGUAUUUACAAAGAUGUUGUAAUUAUAGGAAAUGGACCCAGCGGAAUUUCGCUUUCAUACAUGCUCGCUGGAAAUUGGCCAUAUUGGAUUUCGGAAAAAGUACAAAGGCAUCCAGAUGAAAUGUUAAGAGCACGUCUUAAUUAUGCCGACCAAAGCAAAAGUUUAGUAGAACAAGACUUAAUUGUUUUGGCCGAUGGACUUGAAGGGCGAAGUACAAAUCCAGUUUCGCUUUUGUUGGACAGUCUUGAGCAUCCUUGCGCCGAUUUAGGUAUGGAACUGCCAUCUAUGUUGGAGUAUCGAUAUGAUGCAAAGAAAGAGGUUGACCACAUUGUCCUUGGCCAAGGUCCACCUGGGGGUUCGUGGCAUAAAAUGGAUCCAAACCUUAGGACACUAUCCCUCGCUGGAUGGAUGUCACUUCCUGGACUCAGUUAUGGAAGCUGGGAAGCAGCUCAACUUAAAAAAAAGUGCAUUCAAUCUGAUAGGAAAAACUCAUCUUUCCUACGGAAAAUGGCACUGGCCAAAACAAACUGCCCAAAAUGCAUCAAACUGCGAACCCUAAAACAACGUAAUAGUUCAAAUAUCGAUGAGUUUGUUUUUAACAACAACAACGAAAGUGAACCAGAGGCUUUAUGCUGUAAGUGUACAAAAAAAAUCUGCAGCAGCACAAACAAUAAGAUUAAUGACGCUAAAACAGAGCGAGAAGAUUUGUUGCAUGACAAUAUCGAAGAGACUAUUAAUUCGCCACCACGAAGAAAUCUAUCGCUUAAACGGCAAGUAUCGAAAGAGGUACAGACAAGAGCUCUUGUAUCAAGAGUUGCUGAAUACUAUGAAGAUUAUGUUCAUCGUAUGAAUUUAGACAGGUUCUUUAUGAACAAUGCGAAUGUGACGUUUAUAGCUCCACUGAGUGCGGACUGUGCAAAAUCAGACAAGUUUUCAGGUGCUAGAUGGAUUGUCACAGGAAUCGAUGAAUCAACUAGGCGAACGUUUUAUUUUGUUUGCAAGAAUGUAGUGCUAGCUAAUGGUGUGUCAGAUCUACCAAACCGUUUGGGUCUCAGAGGUGAACACCAGCGAAUCAAUCAGACUUGGGUUAAGCAUGAGCUGAGGGAACUUGAGACUGCGCUUGAAAAUAUGACAGAAAAGGAAAGAGAAAAACUUAAACCUGUGCUUGUGGUGGGAGCUGGAUUGAGUGCUGCGGAUGCUGUGACCAUAUGUCGAUCGUCUGAUGUUAAUGUCAUACAUGUGUACCGGAGCAAAAGCGUAGGAUUGGAUAAGUCGUUGCCGGAAAGUGUGUAUCCUGAGUACCAUGAGGUACAUCGAAUGAUGAAAGAUCCAAGCCAAACAUAUAACUGUUACACGCCUGUUCCUGAGCACACAAUUUCAAAAUUGUCCACAGAUGUCUUUGGUUCUCACCUUGUAACAGUAAAGAAUCUAAAAACCUCCGAGACAACGACUUACGAAGUUUCAUAUUGUGCCAUUUUAAUUGGAGCUAGACCAAAUUUGCGUUUCAUUUCCGACAUAACCAAACACCCAGCCAGACAAAUAAUUCCUCCUAAGUGCUCUUAUCCACACGCAGAACAGUACCAAACCCAGAUGACUCGAAAAUUAACUUGGUUAAAAAAUAUAUGCGAGAAGUGCAAACACUUUAACAUUUGUGACUGGAAUCGCAAGCUAACACCAAUUGAAUAUCGCCAACGCUUGUAUUCUACCAAAAAGACAUGUGAGUGCAAUAAGGCUGGCAACAACGAGGAUUCAUUGAGCUUAUGUCAUCUGGACGACUCAGGCAUUGGUCUCGGUAUAGAGCCAACUAAACCAAUCGAUAGUAAGACCAAUCAAAUCGACGUAGACAAAUACACCAAUGAGGUACACAGAAUGCCAAAAGGACUUUUUGCUAUGGGACCACUGGUCGGUGAUAAUUUUGUACGAUUCAUCCCAGGUGGUGCGCUGGCCAUAACAUCAACUCUACACCAAGAGAACGAUUGAAACCGAUAUUCGGUUGCAAUGAAAACACUUUUGUGGGUUUCGCAAGCACCAAGAUUGCUAUAAUAUUGCAGAAACCUUACAUUUUCUACACGAAAAAGAUUCAUCUUUUAAUUUAAUUUAAAUUAUUACUCGGCACAAAUGUUAUAUUCUAUCUCUUGCUGUUAUAACAUGCAUAUAAUUUUCAUUAAAUUUAGGAGGAGUCAUGGGCGCUGAAAUGAUAUUUGAAUUUGGAACCAUUUUUGAUUCUAAUUGUUGUUGAGAGAGUAAUUGAUGUCUAAUGUGACUUUAUAAAAUUACAGAAUUGUUAUUAGGAGGUGCAUUAAAGUUUGAAUAUUUUUUACUUGUUUUUUCUUUUUUUUUAUUAAAAACAAAUUAUUUAAAAAGUUUUAAACUGUUUGUUUUGUUUAUUAAAGUAACUGUUGUUGUAAACAAGUCUUUCUUUGUUCAAUUGUAAAUUGCAAAAUAUGAAAAACAAAAUAUAUAAAUGGAUAUAAAAAAGGG